AUGGAGACGAGCUACACAAUGGUAACCUGAGAGAGAAAAAAAAGAAAAUGAAAAUGAAAAUACCAAAAAGAAAAUUAUUCCUUCUAAUUAUUUUUGCGUAUGUGGCAUUUUCACUUUACGCUGCAUACAAUGUCUUCUUCAGCACCAAAGUGAUCUCCCGUGUCCACAGGGUGGUGAAGAAAGACACCGCACUCUCGGGUGGCGCCAGAGAUGGCGGUGCUCCAUUUUUAGCAGAGGACUGGAAUCCGUGGGAGGAUGAACAGGUGGAUUACAAUUCUGCUCUGAAUAAAAAGAGGGAGGCCUUCAAACAACACAUGGGUCGAAUUGACAAGAACAAGCCCAAAAGAUACAAAGUACAAAUCUGGGGGAAAGCUGCCAUAGGGCUUUACCUUUGGGAACAUAUUCUAGAGGGACCCCUCAACCCUACUGACAAGGUAGCACAAUGGAGAGAGGGAGAGCUGCAGUCAGGGAAGAUUGAUUUCAGCUUCUACACCGGCCCUGCUGUGGUCCAGGGUCAUGUCCCUCUGGAUAUGAACAGCCUUGUUCUGGUUUUGAACGGUCGUGAGCCGCAAAAGGUCUCGUACUCUACGCGGUGGCUGGAGCAUGUCCAAACGCUGGUACAGUCCCACACGGUGUCACAUGUGGCUGUGGUUCUGCUGGGCAAUGAGCACUGUAACAACGACUUCAUUGCCCCGUACUUAAAGAGAAAUGGUGGCUUUGUGAACCUGCUGUUUGUAGUGUACGACAGCCCCUGGGUCAAUGACAAAGAUGUCUUCCAGUGGCCUCUUGGAGUCGCCACAUACAGGCAGUUUCCUAUGAUCAGACCAAAUGCCCAGCUGAUUACCUCCAACAGGCCAUACCUCUGCAAUUUCUUAGGAACCGUUUACAAAAAUUCCUCCAGAGAAACACUCAUGCAAGUGCUGAAACAAUCAGGUCUGGAUAAGGAUUGCAUCACCACUGCCAGGGAGAAGUGGCUCCCUCAGGAGACAUCAGACAGUCUGAGACGCUAUCAAACAGCUCUAGCUCAGAGUGAGCUCACUCUCUGCCCAGUCGGAAUCAACACAGAGUGCUAUCGCAUCUACGAGGCUUGCUCUUAUGGCUCAGUGCCCGUGGUUGAAGACGUACUGACACCUGGGACCUGUGCGGCCGGGCCCAGCUCCCCCUUACGUCUGCUCAAAGCUGCGGGAGCGCCCUUCAUCUUCAUCAGUGACUGGAAAGAACUGCCAGCCAUCUUGGAGAGGGAGAGAGGGAUGAGUCAGGAGCAGAAGGUGGACAGGAGGAGGAGGCUGCUGGAGUGGUACGCCAGCUUCCGUCAGCAGAUGAGGGAGAGGUUCACUGAGGUCAUCGAGGAGACUUUCUUCAAAAGCGUCUGACUGAUGUGCUUAAUUAGGAAACGUUUAAAAGAUAUGCAGGGGUAGACAGUCAAUAUUGUUUUAAUUUAUUUUGUGGUCUGUGGAGAAAUGUGACAUACUACUGGUGUUGUGAACCUGAUGACGUUCAGUGUAAUAUUUUCGUGCGGGUUAUUAUAAAACUAUUUGUGUAUGUUGUAAAGCUGCCAUUACUAGUCAUUUAAGGACCCCAUGACAUUGCUGUAUAUUUAUCAUUUUAAUGUUUACAAUGGUGGAAUGUCCAGGCGUUUAGAAAUACUAAAAAUGGUAAACUGCCUUUGCAUUUUAAAGUCCUUAUAUUAUUUCAGCCAUGUUUUAUAUCCGUUUGUACGCAAAUAAUAUUGUGAUUUUUAGAAAACACUAAAUAUUAGAAGUAGAAUGAGAUAAUGUGUUUUUAGGCCUUGUUUAAAAAAUGGUACAUAGAGCUUUUAUUUUGUAUUGUGAGCAGUUUGAACAUGGAUGUUGUUGCUAUGGCAUGCGUCACUUUUCUGAUCAAAUCGUAGAAAAGGAUUUUAUUCUUUGGUCUAUUUAUUUCAGUGAUGUAAUGCAUGGAUUUCAGAAUGUGCAAGAAAAUAAAUUGGAGUGUUGUCCUUAUCCUGGAGAGAAACAAGUGA